UUUAAAGCCUUGUAACAGUUUGGGCAAUUCAACAUUAAUUUUUACAAAAAUGUAUGUGGUUAGUAGGGUCACAAUUUUCUAUGAUAAAUCAGACUUCUUGUUUGUAGGGUGGUUGAGGGAGGUGAGAAGAGCAAUAGGGGCCUGUGAAGAGGAUACUGGAAUAUUGAGUCAGUGACACUAACCUGUGUUCUGCUUCCCAUCCUGGUUGUUGAGUCCUCGUGUGGUUAUAAGUCCUUUAGUUUGAAGGAUGUUAAGUGGAUAAAUGUCAACAGGGAGGAGGCCAGCAUCAGUGCCCCCAACAAAGCCAUGCCAUUUAUCUAAGUGUGAAUGAGGAGAGAUUUGAUUUGAGAUCAAUUUGAGAUUUGAGAAAGAACAUUUUGGGAAUUUUAAGAGAAAUGAAAGCUAAUGUAUCAGGGCAAAUGAGUUUAAAUAACAGUAUUUUUACUUUGUCCAGAUCUUGUAAUAGAUUAAUUAUGGCCAAUAAAUUUCUAGACAGAACUGACUCAUGUCUGUGAAUGUGUUCUGGGCAUGGAGUGGAGCUCAGAGGAAGGCAGUCCAGCAGCUGGGAGACAGUAGUAGCUGGAGUGGCUGGAACUAUUUCUGCCCAAGGAGACACUCUGCAGCCCAGCUUGAAGAGUGAGGAUGGCAGUCAACAAGGACCCCAGCUUGCUGGACGGAGACUUCCCUGAGCAGGAGAGCGUGCUGCAGCGGGUGCUGCAGCUGCCUGUGGUGAGUGGCACCUGCGAGUGUGUCCAGAAGACCUACACGAGCACCAAGGAAGUCCACCCCCUGGUGGCCUCCAUGUGCAACGCCUAUGAGAGGGGUGUGCAGGGCGCCAGCAGCUUUGCCGCCUGGAGCAUGGAGCCAGUGGUCCGCAGGCUGUCCACCCAGUUCACAGCUGCCAAUGAGCUUGCCUGCAGAGGCCUGGACCACCUGGAGGAAAAGAUCCCAGCCCUCCAGUACCCUCCUGAAAAGAUUGCGUCUGACCUGAAGGAUACCAUCUCCACCCGCCUUCGCAGUGCCAGAAACAGUAUCAGCGUGCCCAUUACAAGCACUUCAGACAGAGUCCUGGGGGCUGCUCUGUCCAGCUGUGAACUUGCCUGGGAGGUGGCCAAAGGCACUGCAGAAUAUGCCACCAAUACCCGAGUUGGCAGACUGGCCUCUGGAGGGGCUGACUUGGCCUUGGGGGGCAUUGAGAAGGUGGUGGAGUUCCUUCUCCCUCCAGCUGAGGAAGACUCAGCCCCUGCUGUUGGAUGCCAGCCAGCCCAGAAGCCUUCCAAGGCCAAGCUGAGUCUCAUGAGCAGGGUUGGGGCCUUGACACAUACUCUCUCUCAGCACACAGUGCAGACCACAGCUUGGGCACUGAAGCAAGGCCAUGCCCUGGCCAUGUGGAUACCAGGUGUGGCACCUUUGAGUGGCCUGGCCCAGUGGGGUGUGUCAGUGGCCAUGCAGGUGGUAUCCCAGCAGAAGAAUGAGGUGCAGGCACCCUGGCUGCACAAGCUUACCACCGCCCAGGAGGACCAUGAUGACCAGACGGACACAGAGGAGGAGGAGACGGAGGAGGAAGAAUUAAAAGCUGAGGAGAACAAGUUCAGUGAGGUAGCCCUGCCCAGUCCUCGAGGCCUUCUGGGAAGUGUGGCACACACCCUGCAGAAGACGCUCCAGAGCACCAUCUCAGCUGUGACAUGGGCACCCGUGGCUGUGCUGGGCACAGCAGGAAGGGUGCUGCACCUCACACCAGCUCGAGCUGUCCCCUCCACCAAGGGAAGGGCCAUGUCCCUAUCAGAUGCUCUGAAGGGUGUAGCUGACAAUGUGGUAGACAAGGUGGUGCACUACGUGCCGCUCCCCAGGCUGUCGCUGAUGGAGCCAGAGAGUGAGUUCCGGGACAUCGACCACCACCCUAAAGAGGCUGAACGCCGAGAGGCUGAGCGUGCCGUGUUUGGGGUGCUGCCCCCGGGGCUCCCCGCCGCACCCCAUGAGAAGCUGAAGCGCAGGGUCAGUGACAGCCUCUUCCGGCCCAGCGUGCUGGGGCCGGUCCUGGGCCGUGCGCAGAGCAGCCAACUGCGCAAGAAGAGCUGAACACACUGGGGUCUCGACAGACCAUGCACCAAUGCACAUCUUUUCUUAGCCUCCCUCCUUUUGGGGCAUCGGUGUCAGAGCCAGAUUUUAAGGGGCACCAGUGAGCAGUCUGCUCUAAUUCUACGGCUUGUUUUAUUACUAAAAGAGUAAUUGCUUAACUUGAUCACUCACUUCUUUAACCGAACUUGAGGCCAAAUACAUUACAUCCUUUCUCUGUGGACCCAUAUUUGCCACUAGUAAGAUGUCACCACCUUGAGGCUCCAAACCAGAGUUCUGGACACUUUUUUAGCACUGAAGUCGGAGACCCCUGAUUAUCUAGGCUCUCAGUAGACUGCCUUGCAGGGGACAAUGAUCUUGCGCUGAAGCUCUUUCCUAUUCACGUUACUCCCUGGGUACUCUAGCUCCUCAGGCCCUAGCUCACUGCGGCACUUCCCUUUGUGUCAUUGUUGCCUUCCAUCCCAUAGUCACUCCUUCGAAUGCCCCCCAGAUCCUAGGGAUGAAAGUGGUGACCUUUCACCUCCAUGUAACCUAUAUGUAGAUUUUUUAGCCACAAUUCAUUCCCAGCCCUGUUUUGGGAAAUGUUAAUAUUUGGUAAAUCUAGAAAAUGCAUACAUAUAAUUAAAACAUUCAAACACUGCAAAAGGGUAUGUGUCUUUCUCCCCUGGUCCACUUCAUAAGAACAGCCAUGGUGUGAUCUCCUGUGUAUCCUUCCUAUUAGACUUUAUGUACAAGCACGUGUUUCCCCUACCU